AUGGAUCAACAAGGCAGCAGUUUCCAUGACGAUUCAUUGAUAAACAGUCAAGUACUUUCGGAAAAAGAUUUAAAAUUUUUAAUGCAAGCUUUAAAAAUUCCAAGUACUCAACAUCAAGCAAUGGCUUGUGUAGCAAUGUUAUGCUCUAGCAAAGGGAAUCAUGCGGUAAUCAAUCCGUUUAUCAGCGGUAUUUAUCAUCGCGGAGGGCUUGACAUUUUACAGCAAGUGAUCUUAACUUCUAGAGAUUGCCAGACAUUAAAAGUGGCUUUAAUGGCACUGGCUAGUUGUAUUGAACAAGACGGAAACUGUAAAUUUCAUGUUUACACUCAAUCCUUAUACAAUAGUUUAUAUGCUAUCCUCUCUUCAGUUGUUACCAAGGAUGCUUGGGCAUCAGCUGCGUAUUUAAUUAGUUGUCUUGCAUUUAAAAAUGGUCGAGGACAAGUAUUAGCUGGGAAUUCCAGAUGCUUGCACGGACUCUGUGAUCUAUUAAGCCAUUAUAAGAUGCGAAUGUAUAGUAGUGCUGCCUUUCUUAAGAACGUUACCAAUCAGAACAAAUGCGCUUUUAUGCUACCUGAAUUAAUUUCUGCUUUGAAAAACAGCCAAGAUUUGGUCUUGCUUUGUACCGUAACCAGUAUUUUAAACGUCUUACUUGAUAAUCAUGACAACAUUCUUAAACAAUGGCAUAAGGAUAUGAAAUCAACAAUCACAUUAAAGGCCUUAUACCACCUGAUUAUGAUUUCCAAUAGCUUUGUUGAUGAAGAAGUUGCCAACUGCCUUUGUGAAACUGAAUGUGUAACGAUACUAUCAGAAUUACAAAUUAAUUCUGAGGUCAACGUCUUGGCUGAACUAGCGGAUUAUGUUCUAAUAGAGCUCGAAAAAGAAAGUAACAGACGAUUCGAAUUGGAUACAAUGAAAUACAGAAACUCUUCUACAUGCGAAUGGAUUCUAUUAACAAAAGAGGAUUGCGAUCUGUCUUCUGUAGAAUUAAUGUCGGAUGAAACUCUAGAUUAA